GCUCUCUGAUUGGCUGCCCUCAGGUGGGGUCGGGGCGGAGCUAAGAGAUGGCGGGCGCGUCAGUGAAGGUGGCGGUGCGAGUCCGCCCGUUCAACUCCCGAGAGACGGGACGCAACGCCAAGUGUGUGAUCCAGAUGCAGGGAAAUACCACCUGUAUCUCCAACCCCAAACAACCCAAAGAUGGAGCCAAGAACUUCACCUUCGACUAUUCCUACUGGUCCCACACGACGGCUGAUGAUCCGAGCUUUGCGUGUCAGAGGCAGGUGUACAAGGACAUCGGAGAGGAGAUGCUGCUGCACGCCUUCGAAGGAUACAAUGUGUGUAUUUUUGCAUACGGACAGACGGGUGCAGGAAAGAGCUACACCAUGAUGGGCAAACAAGAGCCUGGACAGGAAGGGAUCAUACCACAGCUGUGUGAGGACUUGUUUCAGAGAACCGGAGAAAACACUGAUCCUGACCUGACCUACUCUGUGGAGGUGUCCUACAUGGAGAUCUACUGCGAGCGGGUCCGGGAUCUGUUAAACCCAAAGUCCCAGGGUACUCUGCGGGUCCGGGAGCAUCCCAUCCUGGGUCCUUACGUGGAGGAUCUGUCCAAACUGGCUGUGACCGGAUUCAGCGACAUCCGUGACCUGAUGGACGCUGGCAACAAAGCUCGGACGGUUGCGGCCACAAACAUGAAUGAGACGUCGUCCAGGUCACACGCUGUCUUCACCAUCGUCUUCACCCAGAAACGACGAGACCAGAUGACCAGCCUGGACACUGAGAAGGUCAGCAAGAUCAGUCUGGUCGACCUGGCUGGAAGCGAACGAGCAGACUCCUCGGGGGCAAAGGGCAUGCGACUCAAGGAAGGAGCAAACAUCAAUAAAUCUCUGACCACAUUGGGAAAAGUCAUAUCAGCUUUGGCUGAAAUGCAAAGUAACAAGAAGAGGAAAAGUGAUUUUAUUCCCUACAGAGACUCUGUUCUCACCUGGCUACUGAAAGAAAACCUGGGAGGAAACUCUCGGACGGCCAUGAUUGCUGCUCUAAGUCCUGCUGACAUCAACUAUGAAGAAACACUGAGCACUCUGAGGUAUGCUGACCGUGCCAAACAGAUCCGCUGUAACGCUGUGAUCAAUGAAGAUCCCAACGCCAAACUGAUCAGAGAGCUGAAGUCUGAAGUGGAACGACUGAGAAACCUGCUGUUCUCCCAGGGCCUGCAGGAGCUGCUGGACAACGCUGUCAACAACAACAACAAUGGCCCCGGUGGUGUCGCAGGUGUGUCCCCCUCCCCACUGCAGCUGGCAAUCACAGCCAAUGGGAUUGUCGCACCUGAGAAUGGCUCCGCCCCUCCAGGUGCCGAGCCGACCUCUGCAGGUGAGGCACCCGCUGACCCCGACCACCUGAUCGAGGACGUAGAGGACGGAGAGGAGGCGGACUCUGCGGACUCUGCGGAGCCCAUCAGUAAAGAGGAGGCAGCUGAGAUGCUGCUGGAAACAGAGAAGAUCAUCGCGGAGCUUAACGAGACGUGGGAAGAGAAACUAAGAAAGACAGAAUCUAUUCGACUGGAGAGAGAGUCCCUGCUGGCAGAGAUGGGCGUGUCCAUUAAAGAAGAUGGAGGAACGCUGGGCGUCUUCUCUCCCAAAGGAACGCCUCACCUGGUCAACCUGAAUGAAGACCCUCUGAUGUCGGAGUGUCUCCUCUACUACAUCAAGGAGGGGCUCACCAGGGUUGGACAGCAGGACGUGGACAUUAAGCUGUCGGGUCAUUUCAUUAAAGAGAUCCACUGUGUGUUUGUCAGUGAGCUCAACGACCAGGGAGAAG